AUGUUAAAGGGCGUCGCUUCGCCCUUCGCUCCGGUUCCUCGAAGGCUGGCGCGGCAAUAAGAGCCACCAUCACCACCCGACCAUGCACCCGUUGCUGCUCCGGAGAUGCCCUGCGGCUGCCCUGCGGCUCUUAAACGCGCCGCUUCCCCGCACCAGCCUCCCGCAGCGAUGCUACUGCGCCGGUUCUGCCCAGCGCCGGGGGCUGCUCUUCCGACAGCUCUUCGAGUCAGAAAGUUAUACUUACACUUACCUGCUAGCAGACAUGAAGACAAAGGAAGCCGUUCUAAUAGACCCCGUUUUGGAAACAGCCAAGCGCGAUUCAACAUUGGUGAAGCAACUUGGACUUAAUUUGCUAUAUGCAAUCAACACUCAUUGCCACGCUGAUCAUAUCACUGGCACGGGACUCCUGAAGCAGCUCCUUCCUGGCUGUCGCAGUGUCAUCUCCAAGCACAGUGGGGCCAUUGCUGAUCUCCUGAUCCAGGAAGGUUAUCACCUCAAAUUUGGAGCUUUUGUUCUGCCGAAACCCUUUACAACUCCGUCCACAAGAAAAUCUUCACCCUUCCAGGUGACUGCCUGAUCUAUCCUGCCCAUGACUACACAGACAUUGCAGUCCCUGCAAACCUCAAAUGCGGAAUCCAGGAUGUCCCUAUUUAAGGCGCGUCUCUUUUCUCAGGAUCAACGAUAUUCAGGGAACCUAGAAAGCCUCCCCCCCCCCCGCCUUCCUGGUGUCACUUCUGCACUCUUGCGCAAGACGCAGGUGAAGCAAUAACCGUCAAAUGCAACUGUUCGCUUCCAAUUCUUGAACUGAUUCCAAAACGAAGAGGGACCCGCUUUAUCACUCCAGCUUCCUCGUUUUUAUUUAGUUAUCUCUUCAUUAGCAAACAGCGCCUGGCACUCUGGCCUCACCUCAAAUCUGCACUGCGUGGCCUUUGAAGGCUGUUCUGCUUUGAGACGCGAGCCUCUUUCCUCCAACAUCUGACGGAGGCCCUUGGGCCGUGAAUGACUGGAACUCAACAGAGUCGGCCUUCUGGGCCCAACAAAAUAAAACCCUUUUGUUUCUUAA